AUAACCCCCUACGAUGAAAUCUCUCUUGCCUAUAUCCUCACCAAGUCGAUUUGACAGCUUUAUAGCACAGACUGGCUCAGUAGACCAUGGACUGCUGAUGACAUCCAUUUCUAUGACUCGCAAGAGCAUUUAAACUACAGUCGCGGAGGAGACGUAGAUCUUCUUCAGACAUAUCACCCCUACGUCCACGUCCUGUUACCACAAACUCGCAUGGAGAUCGCAGCGAUGGCACCACCUGGCUCACGUAUAGACUACUCGGACGAAGAGAGUCAAUGGCGGGGACGCUCCUUUCCCGACGUUCUUGCCCUAGGGGUGCUGCUCAUUGAGGUUCUCUGGAAGAGUAAGGUCUUGCCGCAAAAAGACGACUCUUCGGCGCCGAUUCACGGGAAUCUAGCCAAAUAUCGCACAAUGGCCUUGGCCAUUAUUACCGAAGGUUUCCCCGGCGAUCGCCAGUCGCUAGUUGAGGAAGGUUUUCGGGAUAUUCUGCAAAAGAUCUUCCAUAACAAACUGUUCCAGGGCGAAGACCAAAGGGGGGACAACGGGAGAGCAAUCCGGAGAGAUAUCCUCUUUACAUCGCUCCUAGAGCCUAUUAGAAGAUUGUACGAGGUGGGAGUAAAAGGCCGGGUAAACAGAAAUGGUCAUCAUGCGGUUGUCAGAUCCAUCGAAUGUGGUCCUGGGAAGGCGACAACUGAUUUCGACUAUGGGAUACUCCUAAGCCAAUUCGAAAAAGGCUGCGCCAACAGAAAGAGCCACACGAAAAUAGCACGAGCGCUUACGGAGCUGCAGCAAUUUCCAAGAAUUAGCAAUUUCUUAAGAAAGCUGAUGAUGAACACAGAGCCGUGGGAAAUCAAGGACCCGAUCCGGGUCGCGGUACUCGACACGGGUUGCGACCUCUCUGGGAGAUUCUUCACCCGCAACGGCAACUCUGGUGAGGCGCAGCGGAUCCGCUGGCAUGACUUUGUCACACCAGGCCAGGCUGUGCCUACUGAUGAAGACCCAGAUAGACACGGUACUAACAUUGUAACGUUGUUGUUGAUGCUACUGCCAAUGUGUGAAAUAUUUGUUGGCCGGGUGGCGACCUCGCCAGCACAACUCCCGGAUUCGGUCCCCAACAUUGCAAAGGCCAUCAGCCACGCGUCCACCCAAUGGAAUGCCCACAUAAUCACCAUGUCGUGGGGCUUCGACGAAGAAAAAGGAGAAAUCCGAGAUGCACUCAACAAAGCCUGGGCAAAACGGCAGCAGCGCAUCCUCUUUUUUGCAGCUGCGAAUAACGAGGGCUUUAAGGAGCCCGAAUUAUUCCCCGCCAGCCACUACGUCAACGUCAUCUCGGUCGGUGGUGCCGAGGACGACGGCGAGCCCGCCAAGGGACUCUGCCCAAACCCAAAGCCCGAACACGACGAGGGCGUCUUCUCUGCCCUAGGAGUAGCCGUGCCGUGCGGCAAUUGGGAGGAUAAGCCACCCGUAAAGUCCGGCGCAGGAGGAACCUCCAUGGUACCGGUGGGCAUGAGUGGCUGCUCUUUCGCCGCUCCGGUGCUGGCGGCGACAGCGGCCCUAUUCCUCCAUUACGCAACCUUUGCGGCACAGUACAGGCCUGAGAACGAAAAGAGACUGCAAAAGAUGUUUGAACCACAGGGGAUGCGUCGUCUCUUCCGCAAUAUUGGCCAGGUGAACAAGAGAACGAACGUGAGACGAUGGUUUGUACGGCCCGAGCACUUGUUUAGCCCAAAGGCGGUGAGGAAUUUGGACCAUGGCGAUCUAAUUACAGAAAUGAUUACCGCUUUGCGUUUGUAGGUUUAUAAGAGAUCAAAUAGGAACAUAUAGUCUUGUAGCCACAAAAUCCCUCCCGGAAUGCGAGUCCAAUGUAGGCUAGAGUAUGGAGAAGUUGUAAAGAAGAAAAACAACGCUGUAACCGUAUGAAGAGCCAAAGUUAAAACCAGGCAGGUUGCAAUAUCGAGUGGUUCCAUCCGUAAAUAAAACACAUGAGCC